AUGCACAUCAUGAUGUUCACCGAGCGCCCCUACUACGACGUUCCCGAAGACGAGAUUAUCAAGAACGCCAGCUAUUUCGGCAUCCCCAACGAACAUUUCAACCCGGAAGUAGGCGGCCAACUCUACAAUUCCUAUUUCGAUGAGGCCGUCUACGCUGAAGAGAAGGGCUUCGACGGCGUGAUGCUCAACGAGCACCAUGGCACGCCCUUCUGCAUGGGCGCCGUGAUGAACAUUGAGGCGGCGGUGCUGGCCGGAUUACCGAGCGAGUCAAGAUUGUGCUGUUGGGCAACCCGCUGCCGGUGGCCGAUCCGCUGCGCCUUGCCGAAGAGCUGGCGAUGA